GGUGGGGGGGCCCUCGCCUCGCCUCCCGCCGCCGCGGGGACACGCCCGACUUCACGCCGCGCGUCCUCGCGCGCGGGGGGCGCGGGGCGCAGGGCCAUGCGGCGGGCAUGGGGGGCGCUGCGGCCGAUGGGGCCACCGCGACGGCAUCGUCGCCGAUACCCCCCGUGGUCGGUCGGCCACGUGGCAGCCGCGGCGGCAGCAGCAGCCAGGCGCCGGUGCGGUGCUCCCAUCCGCGUCGGCGUCGGCGCGGACGUGGCCGCAGGUUUUCCUCUGAUCAGGGGCUCGGGACAGCUGGGGCCGCGUGCAGAGGGCAGCGUUGCGUCGGGCGCCCGGGUUCCGCAGGGCACGGGCGAGUACAUCGCCUGCACCACCUACAAGUACGUCGGCUGCGGGGCCGGCAACGUCGCGCUGUUCCCGGUGCCCGCCGUGGCGCCGGGCUGCAGCUGCUGGUCCCACGUGAGCUUCUACUCCCAGGGCGAGUACUGGCUCGUCAAGAGCCAGACGGUCUGGAUCCAGGCCCGCUACAUGCCCACGCCGAUUACCAACGGCCUCUCGGUCGAGGUCGCCGUCGGCGGACCUUUCCUGGACAGCCUGACCGGCAAGAGGAACGUCCUCCGCAUCAGCGCGCUGAAGGCCUCCUUCAACGGGCAGCCCAUUAUCCCCAACUUCCCCGACAAGUGGGGGAACCAGGACCCGAUGAUCGGUGUCGUCACGGACAGCAACGGGGACGUCAUGCAGCCGGGCCGGCAGGGCAAGGAGAUGCACGUGGUGCACGUGAAGUUGCCUGACUUCGUCUCGCUGCAGAUCAACCGCUGGAACGAGCCCGGCGAGGGCGACUACAUCAACGUCCAGAUCACGAUGCCGAAGCAGCCUGGCGGCCAGGACGGCCACUGUGGCAAUUUCAACGGCAACCCCGCUGACGACACCCGCCCGUUGAUUCGCUCCCGCGUCGGGACGACGGGCGUCGCCCAGGCCAACCUCCUGUUCGAGACCAAGACCCCGGUCGUGAAGCCCAACCGCCCUGACCUGAACAAUUGCCCUACGAAGAAGGCCGACCACGCCCGGGAGGUGUGCCUCCGCCAGUCCAACAACGGCAUGGCGAGCCACGACUGCAUGGUCGACGUCUGCUUCGGGGGCGACCAGUUCGCGGAGCUGGGAGGCUACGACAUGGAAGAGGAGUGA